AUGGCCAAGUCUGAAGUUCUCCUCUCACGCUCAUCUGAGUGGUCUUCUUGGUACGAGAAGUUCGUUUCGCGGGCUCAGACGGCCAAGAUCUUCAAGUAUAUCGACAUUGAUCAGGAUGGUCCAAUCCUGGAGGAGCCAACAGAGCCUAUCACUGAGGAUGAACUCCUUGAGCAGUUCAAUGAGGCCGCUCUUGGUAGAUGGGAACGCGAAAGACAGCAGUAUGCUGAGGAAGCUGGUCCAAGACCAGAACCGGCUACUGAGUUACCCCAAGGACAGGUAAACAGACAUGCGCGGAAGUGGAACGAAUACAAGGCCAAAAUGGCAGCCUUUGCCACCUAUCAGCGAGCCUACGCAGAUCUGGCUGUUUGGAUCCAGUCAACCGUUGAUGAACAUCAGCUCGCCAAUACGACUUCUAAGUCUGAUAUCCGAACGAGUGUCCGCGACCUGAAGUCAAGCCUAGCCCCUACCCUCUCAGAAGAAAAGGAGCUUGUGCGCUUGAAAUACCGUCAGGUCCUGACUCAGACUAAGAGGGUUAAACCGGAAGAUUGGCUUCUUGCUUGGAACAAGGCCAAGCUUGACGGAGACAAGUACAAAAUACCCGAGCUUGAAGGCGAAUCCGGUAUCAAUGACUUCCUUACUGCUUGUUCUGCUUUUGAUGCAACAUGGGCAAACCAGCAAUGGGGCCAGAUCGAACACAGCCAGAGGUAUAACAUCAAGAUGGAUGAGGUCACGCUGCGCUCGCUGAGCGAAUUAUUCAGCCGACAGAUACGGAGAAAUCGGUCGAAUAAGUUAAAUGACAGCGUGUUUGCUAUGUCUGAUACAGCAGUUGUUCGCUAUGUCUGA